AUGGAUCUGAGAUCCGAAGGAUCUGGGGACUCUGAUUUUCGUCUGGAGGAUGCAUUUGAAGAAACUUCCUCAGUAAAGCAGAGAUGGGACCGUGGCACCACCACAACCAAGAGGCCAGUAGCGACCAGAGCUCCAGUCAAGCCUGCAGAUGAUGAUUUUAACUUGGCUGAUGCCUUGGAUGAUCGAAACGAUCGAGACGAUGGCCGCAAGAAACCGAGUGCAGGAGGAGGAGGUUUUUCAGACAAGGAUCUUGAAGACAUAUUAGGUGGUGGGCAGUACAAACCUGACAAAGGUGAUGGUCGAUAUGGCGGCAGUGACGACCCUGACUCUGGAAGGUCGACAGAGGUGGGCACCAUCGCCGGCGUGGCCAGCGCCCUGGCCAUGGCCCUGAUCGGCGCGCUCUCCAGCUACAUCUCGUACCAGCAGAAGAGGCUCUGCUUCAGCAUCCAGCAUGCAGCAGAAGGUCAAGAUGAGCUGAAUGCGGACUACGUGAAGGAAGAGAACCUGGAAGCCGUUGUGUGCGAGGAACCCCAAGUGAAAUACCUAACGCUGCAAACGCAGUCUGCAGAGCCGCCGCCCCCUGGCCCGUGCCACUUGUGACCGGCUCCUCGUUUCCCUCGGACCCCCAGCUGCCGCACUGCUUUGCUGACGUCAUUGGCUUCUCGUCUUAAGUCUUCCCGAUGAGCUCUGGACGUGUGUGAGUCGGGUUUCUGUGCCCGCCCGCCGCAGAGGCCCCGAGAGCGUCCGUGUGGAACCCAGAGCCAGCCCCGGCCUUGGAGCCGCCGGGCCGCCACCCCGGGCCUGAGGGAGCGGGCGGGAGG